AUGACAACUCGAGGUUCGGGCCCCCACCUCCCCGAGCACGGUGGCUUGAUUCGGAAACAACAACUGGCCGAUUGGAUUCCUGGCUCCUGCAAGUUGUCAGGAGUGAUCAGCCGCCGACUCAAUUUCGAUCAACAUGAAAGGCAGCUCGAGCCUCGCAGUGAAGGAGACAUGCCGCAGCAUGCAUCAUCCGCUCACGCUUGCAACGUAGCCAGGCGAGCAUCAAAAAAUUUCCGGGCAUCAUUGAUUCUCCACUUUUCUCUUGCCAUGGCUGCUUUGAGGUCUCACUUGGUUGCACUUCUGGUCGUUAUUGGCUUCGCGCGGUGCUUACAGACGCAGACCAGUGCCAAAAUCCAGAGCCAAAUCGAGGCGAAUGAGAAUGACCAAAAAGCGUUGAACACCAUACACGCUCGUGCCUGGCUCAUCUGUUCGAGGGACCACCGACAUUCUGUGGGUUGUUUUAUCACCCUGACCAUUUGCGUUCUUACGGUGCUUCAUUUGAAUAUCAAGCACUCUUCGACAUGGAACAAACUGCAAUGGGUUGCUAUAACCUUAUUCGCACCAGAAUUCAUCCUCUUGCUUGCCUCCAGGCAAUUCAUCGAAGAAUUCUUGCUUAAACGGAAACUCAACCUCUUGCUGUCAGAGAAUGUCCGUAACAACAGCAGCACUCCCAAAAAGCCAUACGACCUGAAGGCCUGCUUCUUCGCGGUAAUGGAAGGCUUCGAAGCUCUAAUUGCCGACAUAGAGCCAGGAACUGGAGUUGUACGAGACAAUGACUAUGAUUGGCCACAGAAUUUGACGCUAUCAGCAAGAGGCAUCCUUGAACUGGCAAAACUUGGUGACUUCAUCGAAGUUGAUAUAGCUAGUCUGGAAGAUCGAAGUAAAGCCACCCUUUUACAGAAGUUCCUAGUUGCCGAUAGCGUUGCUCGGAAUUCAUGUUAUGUGCUUAUUGCCGCCUUGCUUUCGGAUCUCAAAGAGAUUUACAAAGUCAUCGAGAAGGUCAAGAAUGCCCUUUCUUUCAUGAUUCAGUGCCAGUUCUGCCACUUGCAAAACGAGACUGCAAUUUCUAUCCUGACCGACGAGAUGACCGGGCCAUAUCGAUGUAACAUCGCCACCAACCACCAGGAUGAACAGCUACCUGUUCAAUGGAUCACUCCGACAACGGAUGGCGUUCGCGUUAGUGAAGGCCAGGCUCUGCCCUGUGGAGUAGGCUACCUCCAAGCAGGUCUUGUCUUCGGGCGUGAAAAGACUCCUGAUGUUGACCCAUUCUGGGACAAGACUUACAGUCAAUGUUUUGUGUUAAGGGGCAAUAUGCGCGAGACUCUUUCGACAUUCCAAGAUAGUUUCAGCCAUCCCGCAGAGGGUGACCCCGAUGAAGGACUGGGGUCAACCACAGAGGUUUUUCGCUUCCUUCUCUCCGCUAUCGGCGAGGAGAUUACUGGGUACAAUUUGCUAAGAAUCGGUGCUUUCUCUAUAAUCUACGGAGGUAUCCAUCUUUCGGCAUGGAACUAUGACUUUGCCUCGCGACAGGAAGGGAUUAUGUGGAAGACCAUUGCGGGCUAUAUCGACCAUGACUUACGGACGGAAGAAGUUCAGAAAUCACCCUUGUCAGUAGGCUCUUGCAUGGCGAGGAUAUGCAUUCUGGGGUUUACAGUUUCGUUUCUUGCUGGAGUUCACUUUGUUGCCCGAUUUUUCAUCGUUGUUGAGGCUUUCAUCAGUCUUAGGCAGGUCCCUAUCGGUGUCUACUCGAUGCCGUCUUGGAUCCAGAUGAUUCCUCACCUUUGA